ACACAGUCAGACCAGUAUAAAGGCCGAGCCCCGAGGCAUUUGAGACGACCUCCACCCGUGGGUUCUUCGUCAGCCCAGGCACAGCCUCCUCGUACCUCAGCAUCGUGCAAGUCUCCAGCCUCGAUAAACUCCAGCCAGAAUGCCUCCCUACGAGAAAUCCAUGGAGAUGAUGCCUUUCAAGCAAAGGAAGUGCCUGGCAACAAGAAAAGAUGAAGUCUGCACUAUUCGGUCUAAGUUCCCCAACAAAUUACCGGUAAUCGUGGAGCGAUAUCUUCGAGAGAAAAAGCUUUCCCUACUGGACAAAACCAAAUUUCUUGUCCCACAUGAGCUGACAUUAGGGCAGUUCCUCAGUCUGCUCAGAAGUAAGAUAGAGCUAGAGGCAUCUCAAGCUCUGUACCUACUGAUCUCAGGAAAGAAUGUGUCCUGUUUGUCAGCCAGCAUGGGAGAAGUUUACUCACAGUUCAGAGACCCUGAUGGCUUCCUCUACAUAACCUAUGCAUCCCAGGACAUGUUCGGAUGAAAAGACCCUUGAAAAAUGAGCGUUACAUAUAGAUCAUGUCACAUACCUCCAGACUGAUGCCUCUCUGAGAUCAUGUAUUACUGCUUAAUGAAGACUCUCACUGUGCAUUACACCUAAAAUCACACAGAACACCAGCACGUGGCCGAGAGGACUCUUCUGGCCUCAUUUCUUAGUAGUUUAAAUUUCUUUGAGGCUAAUGUUAAAGCAUAAUCAGAAUCUUUGAAAGAGGUUACAACUGAGCCGUCUAAUAUGAAGAACAGUAAAGUGAUGUCACUUGCACUACUUCUCAAGCCUCUCAGUCAUGAGGAUCCAACACAACAAAGAAAGUCCUGUUCCUGAAAGGACCUGGGAUGUCCUGUCACAAUGAGACAGGGUUUGUUCGAUGCUGGUUUUCUUUCCUUGUUCUUUCUGUGACUGUGCAUCUGUUCCUAAAACAAAUACAGACGAGUUGGACAAAAAAAAAAAAAAAAACUAUUUAAGCGCCUACUGGAAUGUAAAUGACUGCAAGAGUCAUGUUGUACUCCGCUUCAAAUGCAGUUAAUAAAUCAGUUUAGAUCUUUUAACUAAAUGUCUAGUUUUAUUUGAUUCCAUAUAUUCUGUUAAUGUGGUUUAUUCUGUUCAACGGGGAACUAAGAUUAACAUGGUGAGUCGUGACAUACACU